GAGGAGACGCAACAAUCACAACCUGAACUAUCACCUUUGGUCCUGCGUACAGCUAAAUCUUUAUGUGAACUAUUGGGCAGCAAGUUGUCUUCAUCAGACCAAACCACCCCAGUCAUGGCUGGAAGCAGCAGACCCUUGAGUACUCAGCCCAGUGCUCCUACCAUGAGGGAGGCCUUGAAAAGGCCAUUCCCACACAUCUUCAGUAAACCUGCUGAUCAGCCAAGAGGGAAGAGACGAUUUUCUGCUCCUGCCACUUCUGUUGUGAAAACGACAAACUUUCAUGUAUAUGUCCUUCCGAGACCCACUGAAUUCACACCAAAGGGCUCAGCAGAAGAACUACAGCUUGCCACUGCUGGCCUUGGGAAAAGGUUAAUACGUUUAGCAGAGAACUGGGAACACAGUCAGAUUGAAUCUAAACUCUGGGAGGAAUUUCCUAAACUGAAGACCUUGAAAGGAGGUUGGAUGUUUCACAAGUCCACAGUGGACGUCGCAAGCUGACAUCAAUUUUACAAGGCCCUGAGGGGUACACCUUUGAGACACUCAAAGGGGCAUCCAGCAGUGGCAAGAACACUUUAUUUCUAGUUCCACUACAGGAGCAGUUGUCCAUUGAACCACUUCCCUUCGACUCUCCAGAGUUUGCCAACAUGCCAAAGGCAAACUGCAUGAAAUGUCGAAGUCUAAUGCCUUUGCAGCUGUUACCUUUACAUUUGGAGGGAUGCAAUGUGGAUGAAUUUGAAGGAUCUCCUAAUGAAGACUGCACAGUUAUUGAAGAGCCACUUCUCUGUACGACAGCUCUCUCAGACCCUCCUACCACUGAGAUUGGAGAAUCCACAAAGUUGGGGGAAUCUACUGCAAUGGAAGAAUCCUGUCAAGUUUGCCCAAUCUGUCAGGCAGAAUACCCAGUUGAUGCCCUUCCAUUUCAUGCUGACAUGUGUGCUGAAAGAAUGGACAUUGCUACUACACGCAGUGAAGCAGCAAGGCUGACAAGCGGUGAGGAAGUGCCAGGACCUUCUUUUCCAAGAUUGUCAACACCACCAUCAGCUGCAUGGGAGAAAGAAAAGAACCCGGAAGAGGCAUGUCAGUUGUUCCGACAGGAGAUACUGGAGCGUAACUCAAAAUGUCCACAUCUCUUGCUGUCAAUCAACAUGUUUGAUUCUGAAGAAGAAAAGGACAGUUCAUUGAUUGCAUUCUACAAAAGGAAUAACGUUAACUGGGCAGCUCCAUUUAAGUGCAACGCUAACAGGAGAUGCAGCAAUUGGUGAAGGCGUCAAACGGCAUGUCUUGUCAAUGGCAAUGCAGAAAUUGAAGACUGGUUUCAGUAUUAAUUUAGGCUCUGCUAGUCUUACACCCCUUUUUGAAGGGGAAAAAGAUCAUCUGGUUCCCUCAGUAGCUGGUGUACUUCGGGAAUGCAAGCUGUUUCAGAUGGCUGGUCGGAUUCUUGGCCAUAACUUCAUUCAUGGCGGCUCUGGAUUCCCAGGACUCAGUUUGGCUGUCGUGACUCUGUUAACUGGGGGGGAGACUGAAACUGCCGCAGCAGCUCUGACUCUUGAGGAUGUUGCUGAUCUUGAUCAUCGGGAAACUAUUGGUUUGCUCAAGAAGGCAGAACUUACUGCAGAAGAAACCAACAGUUUGACUGAUCUUUGCCUGUCCUGGUAUCAACCUACUCCUACCUCCACCAAUCAUGACUGGCUGUUCCAGUUGCUGCUUACAAAAGCAGUACUUCACAAUGGAAUCCAGCCUAUUAAGCAGAUCCGGAAAGGCCUGAAAGAAACUGGAAUCUGGCCGCUAAUUUCAGCCAGACCAGAUGUCCACCCCAUACUUUUCCCAAGGGAGUCAAAUGUGGAACUUAACUCACAGACCAUGAUCGAGACCAUUCGCUGGCCACAACCUUCAUGUGACAGCGAUGAGGAAGAGGACGAGCCUGUUCCAUUGAUGAACAUCAGUGCAGUCACUGGAUUUUUGAGGAGAUUCAAAGAGGAAGCAUCACCAGAGGUGCUGCGUGACCUCAUGAGGUUCUGGGUCGGCUGGGAGCAGCAAAUGAGUUGUCUCUACGUGAAGGUUGUACGCUCAACUUAUCCAGUAGCGCACACCUGCUUGCACACAUUGGAGCUUCCUUGCCACUACCAGACCUACACAAUGUUCCACCAAGAUGUGAUGAUGGCCCUCAAUUCCAUCAGCUCUGGCUUUGGGAUGGUGUAGUGCAAAUGUGACCCAAGGUGUUAAAAGGGGGUGGGGACUGCUACUAAUUGAUGCAUAGUUUUAAGUAAUUGUUCGUAGACUUGAUGGAAGGCCUCUGGCUUUGGUUUCGUUUAGUAGGUUCAGGUUGAAAUAAGGUCUUGCACUUGUCACUUUGAAAAAAAAAUUCUAUAUUGUCUUACUGCCAUUGUUCAGGCACUUAAAUUGGGGUGCUUUAGUAAAUUUUGUAUACAGUACAACCUGUGACAUAGGCAUUUUAAAAUGUAGUUGGAGAAAAAAAAACUGCAAUUGUUCAGGUACUUGAAAUGCUAUAUAUUGUAUAGUGUAUACAAUAGUCCAACUCAGUUUUGUUGUGGAGCAAUCACUUACUAUAAAAAUUCAUCUUGGGAUUCUGCAGAAUUUGUUCAAGUAAAGAUUCUUGUGUAUGCAAUCGACAUACCACUAGUUUAACUGUAUUGUAACAUUACAAUAAAGUUUUGGUAAAAACUGUCCUACUGUAUAUUACUCUUGCACCUGAC